AAUUUUGGAUUUAUUGUAUCUAUUUUGCUUUCCCUCUCUGCAGUAAGUGGACCAUAAUCACAGCCAUUUGAUUUUAACUUGAAACUAAAGUUCUAAACCGGUAAACCAAACACCAGUAACAAAGAAACUUUCUAAAUCAAGAAACAAGAAAUUUAGUUCAUUUUUUAGUUCCUUUUUCCUUUCUUUUCAGGAAAUCAUGGCAUCUUCAACUUUGUUCUGCAACUUAAUUAACCCUUCAAUUUCAGUUUUUUCAAGAACCCAUCUUCCAUUUCCAAUAGUUAGUAGCUCUUCAAUGGAAUUAUCAUCUUCUGCACACUGUAACUUCCACUUCAGAAGCAAGAAGAGUGAGCAGAACAAGAAAUUGACACAAGUGAAAGCUGUAGUUACUGAGUCAACUUCUGUGGCUCAAUCGGAUGAGAAGCAGCCAGAGCAAAGGAAACCGCGGAUUCUUGUUGCUGGGGGUGGGAUUGGAGGAUUGGUUUUUGCACUGGCAGCUAAGAGGAAGGGUUUUGAGGUGUUAGUUUUUGAGAAGGAUUUGAGCGCAGUCAGAGGAGAAGGGCAAUAUAGGGGUCCAAUUCAGAUACAAAGUAAUGCAUUAGCAGCUCUAGAAGCUAUUGAUUUAGAGGUCGCUGAAGAGGUUAUGGAAGCCGGGUGUAUUACUGGUGAUAGAAUUAACGGGCUUGUUGAUGGGGUUUCUGGUACUUGGUAUGUCAAGUUUGAUACCUUCACUCCUGCAGCAGAACGAGGGCUUCCAGUCACGAGAGUUAUUAGCCGAAUGACUUUGCAACAAAUCCUUGCUCUUGCAGUUGGAGAAGAUGUGAUUCGAAAUGAAAGUAAUGUUGUUAGUUUUCAGGAUGAUGGGGAUAAGGUCACUGUGACCCUUGAGAAUGGACAGCAUUUCGAAGGUGAUCUCCUAGUUGGUGCUGAUGGAAUAUGGUCAAAGGUGAGGAAGAACUUAUUUGGGCCAAAGGACGCCACAUACUCAGACUAUACUUGUUAUACUGGCAUUGCAGAUUUUGUGCCUGCGGAUAUUGAGUCUGUUGGGUAUCGAGUAUUUUUGGGUCAUAAGCAGUACUUUGUUUCUUCGGACGUGGGUGCUGGAAAGAUGCAGUGGUAUGCAUUUCACAAGGAACCACCCGGGGGUGUGGAUAGGCCCAAUGGUAAAAAGGAAAGGCUGUUGAAAAUAUUUGAGGGUUGGUGUGAUAAUGUAAUUGAUUUGCUGCUUGCAACAGACGAAGACGCCAUUCUUCGACGUGACAUAUAUGACAGGACACCCACAUUAACAUGGGGUAGGGGUCGUGUGACCUUGCUUGGGGAUUCAGUCCACGCAAUGCAGCCAAAUAUGGGUCAAGGUGGCUGUAUGGCCAUUGAGGAUGGUUAUCAACUUGCACUAGAGAUUGAGAAGGCAUGGAAACAAAGCAUUGAAUCAGGAACCCCCAUUGAUAUUGUUUCGUCUCUAAAAAGCUACGAGAGAGCCAGAAGACUUCGAGUUGCCAUCAUCCAUGGAAUGGCAAGAAUGGCUGCGAUUAUGGCCUCAACUUACAAGGCUUAUUUGGGUGUAGGCCUUGGUCCAUUGUCGUUCUUGACCAAGUAUCGAAUACCACAUCCUGGAAGAGUUGGUGGGAGGUUUUUUAUUGACAUAGCAAUGCCUGUAAUGCUCAGUUGGGUGUUAGGUGGCAACAGUUCAAAACUUGAAGGGAGAUCUCAAUGUUGCAGACUUUCAGACAAAGCUAGUGACCAAUUACGGACAUGGUUUGAAGAUGAUGAUGCGCUAGAACGUGCUCUCAAUGCAGAGUGGUUUCUUUUACCGUUGGGAAAUAAGGUGGUUGUUUCAGAACCUAUCUGUUUAAGCAGGAAUGAGAACACACCCUGUGUUGUUGGGAAGGUAUCACAUAAAGAUUUCCCUGGAAUGUCUAUAGUCAUACCCUCACCACAGGUAUCCGAAAUGCAUGCUCGUAUUAGCUACAAAGAUGGUGCUUUUUAUGUAAUUGAUUUGCAGAGCGAACAUGGCACAUAUAUAUCAGAUGCUGAUGGAAGGCGGUAUAGAGUCCCUCAGAACUCCCCUACCCGGUUUCAUCCAUCAGACGUGAUUGAGUUUGGUUCAGAUGAGAAGGCGAAAUUUCGAGUUAAGGUGAUGAAAUCUCCUUCGAGGAUUAAAGAGAAGGAAGGAAGUGAAAUUCUUCAAUCAGUAUGAUCAUCUGCAUGUCAUUUUUUUCAAGUCACAAAGGAAGGUUUUGUGCAGCAUUUAUUUAAAGCAGUGAAGAAUUGUAAAUCUGCAGAUUUAUGGGUACAUAGCAUUACACAGAACUAGCAAAACAUGUACAAUUUUUUCAGUGAAACCUGAAACAUGUAAUGUAAUUACCAAAAAUUCAAAGAAUCACCAAUACAAGAUUGUUAAGAAGAAAAGGUUUCUUUUUA